UUUAAGAGUCCCCGAAAUAAGGGAGAUCACUCUGGUUUCACUGUAUCUACAGUGCGCCAUAUUACCUGACGGAUCAUGUCCACGUGAGGUCAUUGGCCCGGACUUCUGAGAUGUACGCAACAGGACUUCUUGUCGUCUGCUUCCUGCAGCUAGUUGGCGGGUCGGACGCCCAUCGUAAAGUUGACAAUACCCUCUGCACCAAACGAUCCCCUCCCAAGUUGGGCAUUUACUACUCCGGGCACAAGCUUGCUUGUAACGCUCGUCUACAUAUCGGAGACGUUUCCAAGGUGCCACGUAUAAAGUUCAAGCAGGGAAGGAAAGGGAGACGUUACGUCCUUGUGUUCGUUGACCCAGAUGCUCCCCACCCGGGCGCCAAAUCCCACGAUAGCAACUACCUCCACUACGCCGCUGUGGUUAAAAAGAGGAAUGGCGAAUUGAAGCCUUCGAAAGUACUAGUUCAUUACCGUGGCCCACAUCCACCAAAAGGCACACACCGGUACCAGUUUUAUGUAUUUCGCUGGAAAUCCUGCAAGAAACCAGUGCUCCACAAUUCGGACAAGUCGAGAGGCCACUUCAAUUUGAAGCGGUUCAAGAAGGAAAACCAUUUGAAAAAACCGGUUGCGGUGUUUCAGCUGAAGGUCCCGCACACUUAACACCAUGUUGGGCUAUUUCCAUGUUGUAUUGAUUAUGGAAAGCACAAAUAAAAAGCUCCCUUACGAACAUA